CAGGGCCUUAACCUAGGCUUUCAGUAUAAAAAUAAUGAUUUGUGGGCAGGUGUCGUCCGCGAGCUUUUUUGAAAAUUUUCCUUACGAUUCUAUCGAACCAGUUAAUUGCGGAUUAGAAGAAAUUCAAGUCACACUUCAAAAUUUGCAAAAGAUUUCACUUUGUAGAUUUAAAUAUUGUAGAAGAUCAACAAUGCGAUUGACUGCUGUGAUUCUCUUUUGCUGUUUAGCCGUAGCAACCUCGUGUGCAGGUAUUCCAUCACAAAAAGGCGCAGUAUUUGGUGCUGAAGAGUGGUCACCUCUUUACAACUACUCUACAAGCGAAGCAGAACAACAAUUAAAAAGAUUACGUGCUACAGGUGCAAACUGGGUUCGUAUUUUAGUGACAUGGUUUCAAAACACGGUAAACGACACAACUAUUUACAGAAUAGACAAGCCUUCUCUUUUGGCCACAGCAACAGAUGACGAAUUAGAGUACGUAAUUAAAUUGGCACACAGAAUGGAGUUCAAAGUAAUGUUAUCACCAAUCAUUGAUCCAGACUGGACAAACAGAAGUAACCACAGAUCUGGACCUGACAUGACAUGGAGAGGUCUCAUUGGAUUAUACUUCACAGAUGCACAAUGGAAAACAUGGUUUGAAAAUUACAACAAUUAUGUUACUAAAUAUGCCAUAAUGGCUCAAAGAUUAGGAGUUGAACAAUUCUGUAUUGGAGCAGAGCUUAAUAUUCCAUUCAGUAGACCUACUGAUAUGAGAAAUACUAUUAAAAGUGAGUUUUUGAGAAGGUGA